AAUUCAACAUCUAGAACUGCUCCAGUUCUCGGCAACAAUGUUCUAAUGAUAAAUGCGUUACAUUUCUAUCUUCAACGUUCUGAACUUUGCGCCCAGUGACCCUCUUGGCUAACUACGUGCAUUUCGUACUACAAUUAAUAAGGCCGACAACGGCGCAGGAGCACGAUUUGAAGUUUUGUGCAUUAAAUUUAGCUAGUUUUCACAGUCCGAUUAAUUUCCACGAACACUGUGCUUGAUCUCACUCGUUUUUGUGACUGAGUUGUUUCGCUGGUUAUAUCGCUCGACGUUUGAGACGCCGCCGUGUUGUUUUCAUCAAGCUCAAGAACAAUUGACUGCAUCACCAUUAUAUUAUUUUUUGGACUCGUUUUAACUGACUCGAAUGUAUAUUACAACUGUCUCUUGACAUCUAUUCCAUCCACGUGUUUGCUACCUCUGCGUUCUUCUCAUAGAGAUGUAUCGAUUGACGUCUUGUUCCAUUUGAUAGGUGUGUGUGUGUGUGUGUGUUAGUGUGUUAUGGUAACGUCUGGUGUGUGAGGCCUGCGUCGGGAGACCCCACUGCCUUUUUCAGCAUGUCUGAAUCCCAGACCCCAACAUGGCCACGGGGAACGGAGUGUAUGGCCAAGUACAACUUCAAGGGCACCACAGAGCAGGAUUUGCCCUUCAACAAAGGCGAUGUCUUAACUAUCAUCGUUGUCACAAAGGACCCCAACUGGUACAAAGCCAAGAACACAGCAGGUCGAGAAGGUACCAUCCCAGCUAACUACGUCCAGAAGAGAGAAGGGGUGAAGCAAGGGGGCAAGCUGAGUCUAAUGCCAUGGUUCCAUGGUAAGAUCACCAGGGAGCAGGCAGAGAGUCUCCUGAUCCCCCCAGAGACGGGCCUGUUCCUGGUCAGAGAGAGCACCAACUACCCCGGUGACUACACUCUGUGUGUCAGCUGUGACGGCAAGGUGGAACACUACCGUAUCGUCUACAAGGAGGGUCAACUCAGCAUCGACGAGGACGAGUUCUUCGAGAACCUCAUGCAGCUGGUGGAGCACUAUACCAAAGAUGCAGACGGUCUCUGCACCAAACUGAUCAAGCCGAAGCUGGAGGAGGGAACUGUAGCAGCCCAGGAUGAGUUCUCUAGGAGCGGCUGGGCUCUGAACAGGAAGGAGCUUAACAUUCAGCAGUCCAUAGGCAAGGGAGAGUUUGGAGAUGUGAAGGUGGGAGACUACAGAGGGACCAAAGUAGCUGUGAAGUGCAUCAAGCAUGAUGCCACGGCUCAGGCCUUCAUCGCAGAGGCCUCAGUUAUGACGCAGCUGAGACACAAUAACCUGGUUCAGUUGAUAGGCGUCAUCGUUGAGGAGACUGGAAGCCUGUUUAUUGUCAGCGAGUACAUGGCCAAGGGCAGUCUAGUGGACUACCUGCGCUCCAGAGGCCGGACGGUGAUCUUCGGGGAUUGUCUACUCAAGUUCUCACUUGACGUGUGUGAGGCCAUGGAGUAUCUGGAGGCCAAUAACUUUGUCCACAGAGACCUGGCGGCACGUAACGUUCUGGUGUCUGACGAAAACAUCGCGAAGGUCAGCGACUUUGGCCUGACCAAAGAGGCCUCAUCCAAUCAGGACACGGCCAAACUGCCCAUCAAGUGGACCUCCCCAGAGGCUCUGAGGGAAAAGAAAUUCUCCACCAAGUCAGAUGUGUGGAGCUAUGGGAUCUUGCUGUGGGAGAUCUACUCCUUUGGCCGAGUGCCUUACCCCAGAAUUCCUCUGAAGGAGGUGGUACCACGCGUAGAGAAGGGCUACAAGAUGGACGCCCCGGACGGCUGUCCCGAGGUGGUGUAUGAAGUCAUGAAGCAGUGCUGGACCCUGGACCCCCUGGUGCGACCUCGCUUCAGAGUCCUCCGGGAGAAACUGCAUCAUAUCCUAGCCAAGGAGCUCUACCUUUGAGAGGAUAGGAAUAGGAGGAAGGGGAGAGAGGACAAGGGUGGCUCUCCUUUCAUUGAGGAAGAGGGGGAGGUAGAGAAAUGACUAGAGAGUGGACAGACAAGGAUUGCUCUUCUUUUGUGAUUGGACCUGCCUUUAUCAAGACCUCAGUCAGAGAUCUUCCUUCCUCCCUUUAUUUUUCUCCAUAAAUGAAAGAUUCCCACCAGAUUGUGUUAAAGUUCACUGCUUUUCUGACUUGAUGUUUUAUCAUUUCUCAUUCUGUUGAAAUGUUUUUGCCACAUGUUGGCAUCCCCCCCCACCUCAGGGUUGCCUGUACUACAGUACAGUAGUGGGUGUGUCUGUCUGGCUGACUACAGUGUUUACCCGGUGUCAAACAAACCAAUCCUGCCCUGUUGUGAGGUACUAUACUCCUUUCACACUCUCGCACCGUGCUGGCUCAAAUAUGUUAUUUUUUUACAUUAGAUGUAUAACCAGGCCAGUGCAGUAGGUAGAGCUUGGCUCAGUAGUGUGACUCCACCCCGAGCCAGGUAAUACACUUCCCAUGUCCCUGCGCUCUACCCAUACGGGUUAAGAGAGUAUUUAACUGGGGUAUUAAUCUGUGCCAAAGUGCCUCCAGAACGAACGCAGGACUAUCCCCACAGACACAUCACGCCUCUACACGCUUGCCUUUCUUUCUUUCUAUUUUUGUAUGUUUUAUACAUUGUCUAUUUUCAUUCCACAUCCUUCUCUCUUAUGGACAAGUGUUCAUCUCACAUUUACCAAACUGGAAAGCAGGACAAGUCCUCCAGGAAAAAGUAUUUGAUGACCUGUAACAUGACAAAGAGCAUGGGUACCAGAGGGAAAAUACAUUCUGGAGAAGGAAAAAAAUAUAUAUUUUUUUUGUAACAGAUAAAUUUAAGGGCAAGUGUAAGGGUCUUGGAAUAUUCAGAGUAAAAUAAAUAAAGUUAAGAACUCAAGGGAACUGUGCAUGUGGGAUGAAAAGCCCUGAUUUAUAAUGUUAUUUUUACUUUGCUGAGAUGAUUAAAUCAUUCCACUUAAAUGUU